ACAGGAAAGGAAAAAAAAAAUCCCUUUCAGCUCUGAGCUCCACUACUAUCCUAAGUCUGUCAUGUAACAAACUUUUUUUAUCAGAGAAAGCAGCAUUUCAUCAAAAACUAGAUUGUUCAAGUUUCACAACUCUGAAUCAUGCUGGGAAAGAAGUUGGUGACUGCACAAAAGCGAGGGGAGACAAGAGCGCUCUGCCUGGGACUGGGAAUGGUUGCAUGCUCCAUGAUGAUGUACUUUUUUAUUGGGAUCACCAUUGUGCCAUUUUACUCUAAGAGUGUUUGGACAACAGAAACUGUGUGCAAGGUACUCAAAGCCAACAUCAAGGACAAAGUUUUCUGCCCAAACAGCAAAGGCACAGAGGAUGAGGAAAUCUUUCCUUAUCCCUGUUUACAGGUGUGGGUUAAUCUGACAGCCUCAGGACAGGAGGUUAUGCUCUACCACACUGAAGAUACACUGGAAAGAAAUCCUAAGUGCUCGUACGUCCCAGACAAGUUGGACAACUCUAAAGAAGUUAAAGCACGAAUAGAAAUAAUUGCAAGCAAUUUCAAAAAAUACCAGACUUUCCCAUGUUACUAUGACCCAGGAGGAGCACAGACCAAUGUCAUUUUAAGCAGACUUUAUCCCGCAAAAGGUCUCCUCUUUGCUUUCCUCUGGCCUACACUCAUGUUUACUGGUGGAUGUCUGAUUAUUGUUCUAGUAAAAAUUAGUCAGUAUGUUUCUGUUCUUUCUGCUUGGCAGUAAAAAAUACAUAUCUAGCAUAGAUUGUUGCGAUUGUUGGAAGAUACUAAGAUGUAUUUGUUCUGCCUGUCUUACUGGCAUUUUGUGACUCAAUAUACCAGGUGUCGAUUCAAGGGCAGGCUUUCCAAAAAAUUGAAUAGCAACCUUUAUGUAUGGAAAUCCAUUACACAAGGACAAAAUAUAAAACUGAUUCCCAGGAAUGCCUGAAAAUACCUCAUAAACACACAGACUUAGUUACUCUCCAUUGUUUCCGUGGCCUUUAGGAGGUAGAGCUGCCUUACAAAGCUACAAUUCACAUUUACUGCUAAACUCUUCUUCCACAUUUUAGAUGGGAUGCUAAUUUUCUGUCUGAUUCAGAUUAUUUGGUGCCAUAUCCAUAUACAUCAUCACUGGCAGACACACCCUUUAUACCCUUAAACACCAAUAUGGUAUGUUCUCAUGGCAUACUCAUCUGUUGAGAAAAAUAGCUUUGUUAUCAUGCAAAAAGGUGUAAUUUUUAUCAUGGAUCUCUCUGCUUGUCGUGGUUUGACAUGGAAGUGAAUUUUUUCCAGGAAGUUGGGUCAAACCAAUCAGUGGUCAGGUUUAAAUAUUGGCACCUGGAGUGACCACUGAAAGUAUGGACACGCCUCUGAGAACACAGGAAGUUAAAAGCAAGAACUCCCAGGAGAACUCUCUCUUUUAGUUCCAGUCGUCAGAGAGUACAGACUCCCCCCCUGCCCAGCCUUAGGCUGGGUGGGGGAGGGGAAGCCACGCGGCCUUGUCCAGGUAGGCCGAGGGGGCUGAGGGUCUGGAACCCAGCCAGCUCCUGUGGACAGAAGGGUGGAGAGAAGCAAAGAUGCCUUUGCCCCCCCCCCAUGUGGGAAAGAGACAGAGAGCCUGGCGGCACCUGGAAAUCUGCCGGCAGAGGAGAAAGAGAAGGGGGGGGGAAAUGCCCAGCGUGGGAGGCGGAACGUCAGACUGAGAUAUCGGCCGUCCAGGGAGUCUAAACUUUUAACCCUUUCGAGAGAAUGAGGGCUUUUUAAAAGUAUUACUCCUCCUUGAUUUGUAGUGGAAGAGAGAUAGUCCGGGACCUGAGAUGUUAGAAGAAGAAAUAUUUAAGUGGGAGGAAAUGAUGAAGUAGCUUUUUAGCUAGACUUUUCUUGUUAACCAUGGACUGAACCAAAAUCUCCUGCAAUAGAGACUACAUUUUAGGGAGAUGCAGUGGUGACCCAGGGAGACCUGUUUCAGCUUCGAACAGCACAGGAAUGGCAAAAAACGAAGAGAGCUGAAGAGGAAAUGGUGAUACCUUCUGUCUUUGAGAAGAAGAUGAGUCCUGUUUGGACCCCUCAGCCCCAGGGGAAAAUGGGGGGGACUGUAGUCCCAGGAUGAGAAACUGAACUGUUGUAUCUUUGAGUCCGUGGCAAAGCAUCCUUAAAAGAGCCCUAUGAACAAUCUGUCCAUGCACGGUAGUAAGAGCACUGUGACAUAAAAAAGAAAGUGUCACACUAGCAGAUUUUUCUUCCAGGCAGUUGCCAUGUGUGACAGGGAAACACAGGAGGGCAGCUGUGUUUCCUAGGGGGCCUGUGGUGCAAGAGAGACUUCUCUCUCCCUUGAUAGUUUAAGCAUAGAUUACCUGAAAGGUGGUAAUUUGAUCAAGAAUCCCGGGUGAUGUUUCAUGGCUAGGUGUGUUUAGAAUUAGGAAGAGGAGGGGUGGUUUUUAAAAAGUCUUCAUCCUAGAUUUAGUUUAUGUGUUUUCUGUAUUAG